ACAUCGAAGGAAACCGCAAGGAAGGAGACGGCACGACGGUCUGCAACGAAGCCGCCAACAACAACACAGCGGAGCAGACCCCAGAUUCCAUCUAUCGAACAAAGCUCUCGAGUCUUUGAUUCCUCCUCCUAUUCCCCUUUCCGAAAGAUCACUUCAAAGCUCAGAACCUUUUCUUUUCCGUCCCAUUUCCGGACCCUUUCCUCGAUCUGGGGCCCCGCCUCCUUUCUUUCUCCGCGGGACGCCGGACCCGGUUUUUCGAUCGAAACGACGGGGGGUUUCGGUUGGUGGUUGAGGGUUCAGGUGCGGUCUUGAGAUCGGAUACCUCGGCUGCUGGCUUUGCUCGAGUAAAGGAGGAGGCGCCUUUCUAGUUCUUCGGUUGUGGUUUCUCGAGCCCCGGGAUUGAUCAUGGUUUAGAAAAUGCAGGGCUGCACUUGGAAAUCUUUCUGGACUUUGCAGUCGAGUCAAAUUAGUUGCUUUAGAUGAGCUCUGCUGCGAAAAGGGAUUUCAGUUCUUGCCUGUGAUCGCUACUCACUGGGCACAAUUAGCGUUCUUGAGGUGCCAUCAAAAUGUGAUUUUUUUCUUUUGCAGAAAGAAAAUAAGUAGCAGGAUUUAUGUGACAACUUCACUCGGAUGCUUUAGGUUGGUCUUUUGCCUUAUUAGAACAUAACUUUCCCGAUAUUUCAUUGGGCGUGUGGACAACAUAAUCGUGGGGGAGCACGGCGGUGAUCCAUUCCCUUACCAGAACAGCUGAACCGAAAACUAAGUCUUUCUGGUCAACCAUUUCUGGUCAACGAAGGGUCAUUUUACGAUGUCUCGCUGCUUUCCUUAUCCACCACCAGGAUAUGUAAAGAAGGCGAGGAAUGAUGCAAGGCGUGACCAUGUGGACUCACUGGCAAAGGCGAAGCAAAAAGAGAAAAAGCAUAAAAAGGAGAGAACGGAUGAAGAAAAAAGCAAAGAUAAAAGGAGGAAGGACAAAGAACUAAGUCAAGAUAAACACAAAGAGAAGAACAAUCAAAAGGAAAAGCAUAAGGACAAGAAAAAGGACAAGGGUGUAAGCAGGACAUCUGAAGAUGGGACUGAAAAACCGAUUCAAUCUCACCAUGAAGACAGGCUUGGGGGCAGAUGGAAAACUAUAGAAACCAACCAUUGUAAACUUAGUGAUGGGUUGGACCGUCAGAUCAAAAUGGAAGAAAAGGUCUCAGCAAACAGAGUGGUCGAUAACUUCACUAGUUCAGUUCAAAGAAGCUCUGAUGUAUCGGGUACUAAAGCUGCAAAGGUUAUUGAAAGAGCUGCAAGUAAUAAAGUUAUUCCUGCUUCCAUGGAUUCCUUGACAAGCAGAAUUAAUGGGAUGGGAAGACCAGCAGACAGAGUCCUAAAUUCAAUUCAAAGUCAGGCUGAGGUCCUUCGAUCUGCAAACGCAAUUCAAAGAGAAAGAAAUGCAGCUAACAAGUUAGUUUCAAACCUCACUCAUCUUGAGCAAACAGGAGAUGCUGGUAAGGGUCAACCAGUAAAUAACUCUAGGGUUUCUAUUCAACAAAAAACUGAUGGUCCAUAUGUUGCUGCUGUGGGAAAUAAGGAAAACUGCAAACAGAACAAAGCCCUUAUAGAUCCCAGUAGCACAAUGCAAAGAUCAUUUAAUGGUUUGAGUCGAUCAGCAGAAAGCACUGCCAUUUUAGCUAAUGAGAAAGUUGAUGGCAUUGGCCUCACAAAGACACUAGAGGAUAGAGGAGAAACAAAGAAAUUUGUUCCAAACAACAUUUUAAUAGAGCAGAGAGAACAAGAUGGGAUCAGCCAAGCAGUGGAGAAGGAUGCUGACAAAAGAAUUGGAAGGAAAGAAAAGAACACGGAGGAGGAAGCUUAUGGUAGAAAAGUAGAAAGACACAAGGACAUAGAUUGGGAUAAGGACAAGAGCAAACUUGAAGUGAAAGGAAAAGAUCAGGAAAAAAGUAGUCAGAACUGUGAGCGAAAACAUAAAGAAUAUGAUGAGAUAACAGACAUGGGUAAAAAGGUUCAUAUGGAUAUUCCAAAUGCAGAACUGAUAGCUUCUGCAGAAGACCAGAAGAGUAGCAAUACUCAUGAAAAUAAGAAAAGAAAGGAACUUGAGAUGAAUGGCCUUGUGCAUGAGAACAAUUUGCUUCCUAACAAGUUCCAGAGAACAACUGCAUCCGACCUUUUAGCAAAUGGGAAAAUAGUGAACUUAUCCCAUAAUGCUUGUUCUUCCAUGAGUUCUGGGGCCUUAAACAACAGCAAGGCAGGAAAGCACCCUGUAGAUAAAAAAGAACACAUUACAAAAGACAUAAAAGCAGCGCAACCAUCAUCAGAUGGCUUGAGGCAUCCGGCUGUUAUGCACAUGAAACCUCCUCAUCCAGACUCCAAGUAUCUUGAUGAAAUGUACUCUGUUCCCAAAAUGGAUGAUUAUCCAGAAUAUGAUGACCAGGAUUGGUUAUUUUGCAGAAGUCACCUUCAUUCAAACCCAAGGACAAAGCUUGAGGCUGAUGAAAGACCCCGAGUGUGGGCCAAGGCAAUAAGAAUUGGGUCCGAAAAUGUUGUUGCUUUGCCCUAUGUCAUUCCAUUUUGAUAACGGACACUCAUUAUACCUGAACUGCCUGAUUCCUUCUGAAGAUGCGGUAGCAGGAUCAAGAUACGCCACUUUGUUCCUUGUCGCUGCCUUUCAUUUUAAAAGCCUGUUCUUUCAGGUGCAAGUUCUGACUUGUUGCAUCAGUAUUACAUGCCACUUACAAUGUCCUGGACCGUUUUAAGUUGGAUCUUCACUCACUUGUGAUGCUCAAGAUGUGGAAUGGCUCUGAGCUUGCAGGAUUUGGAGGAUGUGUCAAGAUAUGCUCAUAUAUGUAUCGUAUCAAGUGGAAAUGAGCUUGUUUGCUGAAAAUUUUCAGGUCCAUAAAAUAGAGCAGAGAUCUUGGCUUAUUAUAUAGCAUUUGAAUUGGUUCGAAAUGAUCACCCUUAUCAUGGAUACAAAAGGGUUUUCCUGCUACACUAUUGCACAAUUUCAUGUAAAGCUUUUCAUAACUUAAAAUGUACAGUAGAAGGGGAAGAGAAGAAAACUAAAGAUAAUGUUGUCAUUCAUUGAUAUCUUACUUAUCAUAGGCUGACUUUGUUUUUAUUUAGGGAGAGGUUGAUAUAAUAGAGGCUCCGUUAGCAUGAGUUCUGAAAGUGCAAUGACAUUUUUUUUUUUGGUUGCACUAGCUGAAAUCACUUUGCAUCUUAGACAAUUUUUCAUAUGGUGGAUGCUCAAGUAGCUCUCGAGAUAGAUGAUCUUGCUUAUUGAAGCUACUACUAGGAAAAUACAGCAAAGAUACCAAGUAGCUAUACAAUUUUUUCCAGUGUAGUCUUUACGUUUUUUUUUUUCCUAGUCUAAAUUUGUGUUUGUUGCAUAACAAUUGUAAAUGAUGUUCAAGACAUGUCCUUUAUCAAUUCCAUUUAAAUGUCUUUUGUUUCCA